AUGUCUGUUAUCGAUACCACAAAAGAUCUGUCUGCACUCUUCAGGCACCAGGCACUAGCGGCUCCCGAUGCCAUAGCGUUAGAAGACGACACCAAUGUCAACUACACUUACAAAGAACUAGAUGCUCAGGUUGACAUCCUUGCGCUGCGACUUCGUCGUCAUGGUGUAGGUCGAGACACGCUCGUAGGUGUGUUGCUGCCUCGAAGCGCCGACUAUGUAAUUGCAUGUCUCGCCAUUCUUCGCGCUGGAGGAGCGUUCCUUGUCCUAGAACUUGCAUACCCUCCGGACCUCCUCACCGACGUGCUGGACGAUGCCAGGCCAACCGUGGUCAUCACACACAAGUCCGAAAAGUGCAAGAUCAAAUCGGGCGUGCCUUUGAUUGCUCUAGAUGAACCGUUCACCGAGCCCAGUGAGAAUGGUAUCGAACCCGGACCCCUUCCAGCGGAUGAAGACCUGGACCGGCUUGCCUUUGUAUCAUAUUCAUCAGGAACUACCGGCAAACCAAAGGGGAUUGCCAAUCCUCACAGAGCGCCCGUGCUAUCAUAUAACCUUAGAUUUGCCCUUUCAAACCUUCACCCUGGAGACCGAGUGGCAUGCAAUGUGUUUUUCAUCUGGGAGAUUUUACGCCCCUUGCUUCGCGGUGCUACAGUUGUAGUCGUACCAGAUGAAGUAAGCUACGACCCGGCAACUCUCGUUGACUUGCUUGUCUCUAAGCGAAUCACUGAAACUCUGAUGACGCCCACCCUAUUGGCCACCAUUCUAUCGUGCCACCCGCAUCUUGGGUCCCGCGUAACAGAGCUGCGGACCUUAUGGUUAAAUGGCGAGGUUGUCACAACGGAUUUGGCCCACAGAGCUAUCAAAGCUCUUCCUAAAACUCGUCUAUUGAAUUGUUAUAGCGCUUGUGAAACUCACGAGAUCGCGUGCGGAGACAUCCGCGAAAUGGUUGACAGUGAGGCUGCAUACUGUCCUGUUGGACCACCACUAGACCCUAUACACACUUAUAUUCUCGACGAGGCUGGGCAGAAAGUAGAUGAUGGCAUCAGCGGGGAGCUUUUUGUCGGCGGCCCAUUACUCGCUCGUGGGUAUCUCAAUCGACCAGAGACAACUGCCAAGGCAUUCGUUACAGAUCCAUUCGAUACGAAAAAUCCUGGAGCGCGCAUGUAUAGGACUGGAGACUUAGGGCGAAUGCUGCCUUCUGGACUGCUCGAAAUUACCGGUCGCGUCGGCUCCAUGAUCAAGUUAAGAGGAUAUUCCGUCGUACCAGGCAAGGUUGAAAACGCAAUAAUCAAGCAUUUAGCAGUCAGCAAUUGCUGUGUCAUUUCCUAUGGUGAAGGAUUGGAUAGACAGUUAGUGGCGUAUAUUGUUCGUGACACAGCCGGUGCCUCCCCCGAUCGCCCAGAGGUGGAUAUCAAUGAGACUGGGCACAGUCCGGGAUCACGUCGUACACUUUCGUCUUAUCUUGCACAGUACAUGAUACCGGUUCUGUGGGUUGAGCUUGAUCAUAUACCCACACAUGGUGUCUCUGGUAAGGUCGAUCUCAAGAGUCUGCCGCUUCCUCGAACCACGAGCCCUGUCAAUGGCAAUACACACCAUACCGACAAAGAUCCCAUCAGUACCAAGGAAAUUGCUACAAUAUGGGCAGCGACAUUGAAAACUUCCCACACACUUCUGAAAACAGAGAGCAACUUUUUCGACUUGGGUGGCCAGUCCCUAUUGCUUGCUGAUCUCUCGUCUAGAAUGGCGAGAACAUUUGGUUUCCGCGUUCCCAUCUCCCGUUUAGCAGAAAAUCCAACCAUCCAAGGACACGUCGGGAUCGUACGCGCUGUGAGGGAUGGGCACACAGCAGCUAUACAAGCAGAGCUCCCUGCCUUCUUACGUCGAGAUUCUACUCUUGACACUGAUAUAAAGCCUUCGGCUGAGGCGAAGCUAUUCCCAAUUCACGACGCAGAUACAGUUCUAUUGACUGGUGUUACUGGUUAUUUAGGCGCCUUUUUACUCAGUGACUUACUAGAAAACACAUCAGCAAACAUCAUCUGCCUGGUUCGUUUCAGCGAUCCUGAAGAUGAUGACCGGGCCGGAGGUGUGGCACGUAUUCGUCGCAACCUACUUGAUAUGGGCCUAUGGCGUGAUUCUGUCAUGGAGCGUGUCGAAGUUCUUCCUGGGAACUUAUCCCGCGACCGCUUCGGGCUUUCACCUGAAUCAUUCGAUAGUCUGGCCGCUCGAGUUCAAGUUAUUGUCCAUGCUGCCGCCAGCGUCAAUCUCGUUUACCCGUAUGCUGCUCUACGCGAUGCAAACAUCGGUGGAACAAGAGAGAUUCUCCGUUUAGCCUGCAAGAAUGGCGCCACAGUGCAAUAUGUAUCUACAAAUGGCGUACUUCCUCCCUCUGGCCAGACAGGUUGGCCGGAAACGACCAUUCUACCUGUUGAAGAGGUACCCGAGAAACUUCUAGAUGGCUAUGGACAGACUAAAUGGGUUGCAGAACAAUUAGUUCUCGAGGCUGGUCGACGUGGUUUGCCAGUGAAAAUACACCGUGCCGGCACAAUCAGCGGCCACAGUGUUACGGGUGCAACUAAUGCCUGGGAUCUCCUCUCAGCUCUAAUAGUGGAAUCAAUCAAGCUUGGAUUUGCGCCUGAUGUUGAUGGCUGGCGUGCAGAGAUGACACCUGUUGACUUCGUCAGCAGAUCCAUCGUUCAUCUCUCGUCCCAAACCGAAACAGAUCAGUCUAUCUUCCACCUCGGAGAUCCUAAUCCGGUGAGCACGCGAUCUGUCUUUCAAAACCUCAAUGAGCUCGGAUAUACCACUCAACCCGUUGGAUGGGAUGAAUGGGUUACGCUUUGGAACGACAAACGAGGCUUGGCCAAGGGCGGAGACGGCUCGUUCACGGUAGAUAUUCUGCGCAGUGGCAUGCCGACUGUUGACUUUCUUCGAGGCAUCGUUGUUCUUGACAAUACUGCUACUCGGCCCUUUAGGCUCGCUGUCGAGCGACCCAAGGUCGAUAGUGAUCUCCUCGAAACUUACACGCGACAUUGGUUCGCCAGAGGAUGGCUCCCCAGGCCACCUUCCAGAAGUGAGGCGCUAACCCGGCCUCCCAAGGCAGCUUUCAAGUCCCCGUUAAGUGGGAAGGUGGCAGUAAUUACUGGUGCUUCCUCUGGUAUCGGCGCCGCAGUUGCUACGGCGUUGGCAAAGCAGGGUUGUCAUGUCGCACUUGGUGCUCGACGGUUGGAUGCUCUCGAAACAAUCAAGCGCAAGACCACAGUCCACGGUGUUAAGAUUACCAUUCAAAAAACCGAUGUCACAGACAGGAAACAAGUAGUAACCCUUGUCGAAAAGGCCACCGAAGAGCUGGGUCCGGUUGACAUUCUCAUAUCUUGUGCGGGUGUGAUGUAUUUCACAAUGAUGGCAAAUGUCCAGAUGGAAGAGUGGGAGCGCACCGUAGAUGUGAACUGUAAAGGCCUUUUGAACUGUUUGUCGUCCACAGUGCCCGGUAUGCUCUCCCGCGGCAGUGGGCAUAUCGUCGCCAUUUCUUCUGACGCAGGCCGGAAAGUAUUCCCUGGACUGGGCGUGUACUCCGCCAGCAAAUUCUUUGUUGAAGCAACGCUUCAAUCGCUGCGUUUAGAAACAGCAGGGGCAGGACUGCGCGUCACCAGCGUACAGCCCGGCAAUACUGCUACCGAUCUGCUCGGCAUGUCGACGGAUGCCGAAGCUAUUAAGAAGUACGGCGAGCCAUCGGGUGCACAGAUUCUUGACCCUGAAGAUGUCGCCAACUCGAUUGUAUAUGCACUGAGUCAGCCGCCACAUGUGGCCGUCAAUGAAGUUUUGAUUGAGCCCAGAGACGAGCCUAUUUAA